AUGAAGCUAGUCUAUAUGAUAUGGUUAAUUCUUGAAGCUUUCUUUGUUACAUCCUUAGAGCUUCCUCAUUUCUACCAUAAAACUGAAGAAAUUCAAAGAUAUAUUUCAUCACUUUCAUGCCCAGCCUUAAAAUUAAAAUCAUCAGACACAAUACACUCCUAUUAUAUUUCAGCCUCAACCCCUCACGCACUCAAGGUAUUUUUGCUAUUUGGCGAGCACCCUAGGGAAUUAAUAUCAACUGAGCUAGGCCUUGAAUUUAUAAAAGAAGCCUGCAACGGAUCACUUUCAUCUGUUCUCUCAGUUGCUGAAGUAAUGAUUGUGCUCAAUGCAAACCCAAAAGCAAGGAAAAAAGUGGAAAACGGAGACUUUUGUAUUAGAACUAAUGAUAAUGGAGUUGAUAUCAAUAGAAACUGAGGCUCUCACUGGGAAUCUAUUAACUGUAAUACGCAUCCUGAUACAUGCCCUGGAAAUAAAGCAUUCAGCGAAGCUGAGACUUUGGCGAUAAAAAAGCUGCUUGAAGACUUCGACCCAGAUCUUUUUAUUUCAAUACAUUCAGGAAAAAAGGCACUUUUCAUGCCAUAUGCUUAUAAAAAAUCCUCUGGAAAUCGAUAUCAUGAAAAAAUGCUUGAUGUACUCAAUCAAGUAAAUACAAAGCAUUGCCACUGUGCAGUAGGCCCAGCAGCUGAAAUUCUUGACUAUGUAUGUCCAGGAAAUUGCAUGGACUAUGCAUAUGAUCGCACAAAAGUCCCUUUUUCUUUUGCUUUUGAAAUUUAUGAGCAAACUUCUGCAUUUAAGAGUUUUCUUCAAAAGCCUUAUUCGUGUUUUAUACAAACGACUCAGCAUAUGAGCAACUCAGAGUGCUUUUAUUUUUUCAAUCCUAAGAGUGAGGAUGAUUAUAAGUACACAUUAGAUACUUGGAUGGGAAUUUUGAAAGAUACAAUUUUACUUGUUGCUGAUGAAAUUUAG